AUGCCCCCCCGCCUCGCGCUCGACCCGCCGCUGCUCAACGCCGCCUGCCCAUGGGCCACGGACCUGAGCUACCUGCGGGCACUCUACGCCUCCCCCUCGACCGGCGCGAUAACCACGCGCACUAGUCUGGUCGACGGGUAUCCGCACGACGACGCGGUCAACACGUUUGUCUUCUUCGACCCGGCGCACCCUUCCUCCGUCACCGGCGUCUUCCCUCAGUCCUUCCCUGCUAGUGCCGACUCGAACUCUGCCUCGCUCAACUCGUUCGGUCUGUCCCCGAUCAAGCUGGCAGAGUAUCUCUCCUUCGCGGCGACGCUCGCCGACGAAGCGCUUGCCGCAGGCCGCAAGCCCAAGCCCAUCGUGAUCAGCGUCACUGGCUCCACGCCGCAGGACACGGGCGCGGCCAUCCGCGCGGUCCUCGCCGCCGCGCCGCGCAUCAAGGCGCCCUUGGCUAUCGAGGUCAACCUGUCCUGCCCCAACGUGCCCGGCCACCCACCACCAGCGUACGACGCUACCGGACUCGCAGACUAUCUCGCUGCGUUCCCUUCGAACCCGCCACUACCCGUGGGGCUCAAGACGCCGCCAUACACCCACGCGGACCAGUUCGCCAUGCUCGUGGCCGCCGUCGCGGCGAACCGCGACAAGGUGUCCUUCCUCACGAGCACCAACACGCUCGGCAACUGUCUCGUCCUGCAAGGCGAAGCCCCGGCCCUCCCAGAGCUCGGGUUCGGCGGCAUGGCCGGCCCUGCCAUCCACCCGCUGUCACUAGGCAACGUCGCGACCCUGCGCCGGCUGCUCGACGCGUCCGGCCUGGCAGACGUCGACCUCGUCGGCGUCGGCGGCGUGGCUGAUGCUGCUGGCUACGCGCGCAUGCGGGCCGCUGGCGCGCGGUUUGUCGGCGUCGCUACUGCGCUCGGGAGGCACGGACCGGCGGUGUUUGAUGCGAUCCUCGCGCCGCGCGCGAGGUUGUAG